GGCAGUCGCCAUUUUGAAGCGGUUGCAGGGAGGCGGCGUGUGUAGCUGCUCCUGAGUGCCCGGCCCGUUCCCGCCGCUUACUUACCCGUUCACUGUCCCAGCUUCGGCUCAUCUCCGCCGCAGCCAUUGCUGACCCUGCCAUGUCCGGAGGGGGCGUGAUCCGCGGCCCAGCCGGGAACAACGACUGCCGCAUCUACGUGGGGAACCUGCCGCCCGACAUCCGCACCAAGGACAUCGAGGACGUGUUCUACAAGUACGGGGCCAUCCGCGACAUCGACCUCAAGAACCGCCGCGGCGGGCCGCCCUUCGCCUUCGUGGAGUUCGAGGACCCCCGGGAUGCGGAGGAUGCGGUGUACGGAAGGGAUGGGUACGAUUACGAUGGAUAUCGUCUGAGGGUGGAGUUUCCCCGAAGUGGCAGAGGCACCGGCAGAGGAGGUGGCGGAGGUGGAGGUGGUGGGGCCCCCAGGGGCAGGUAUGGCCCCCCGUCCCGGCGGUCUGAGUACCGAGUGAUAGUUUCUGGACUGCCUCCAAGUGGAAGUUGGCAGGAUUUAAAGGAUCACAUGCGUGAAGCAGGUGAUGUAUGUUAUGCUGAUGUUUUCCGAGAUGGAACUGGUGUCGUGGAGUUUGUACGGAAAGAAGAUAUGACCUACGCAGUGCGAAAACUGGAUAACACUAAAUUUAGAUCUCAUGAGGGAGAAACUGCCUACAUCCGUGUUAAAGUUGAUGGCCCAAGAAGUCCAAGCUAUGGAAGAUCUCGGUCACGCAGCCGUAGUCGUAGCAGAAGCCGUAGUCGAAGCAACAGCAGAAGCCGCAGUUAUUCCCCAAGAAGAAGCAGAGGAUCUCCACGCUACUCUCCCCGUCACAGCAGAUCUCGUUCUCGUACAUAAAUGAUUAGUGAUGCUCUCUUUUUGUAGAACCCCAUGUUGUACACAGUUUUCCUUUACUCAGUACAGUCUUUAAUUUUUUAAUUCAAACUGUUUUAUUCAAAUUGGCUGAAGUGUUGAAUUGCAUUCUUGUGUAAUAUCCCUAGUGAGUAUUUGCUCCUUAACAUCAACAUUCCCCUCAUGUCUUUGGUAAAUUGUAUUUUAAUUGAUGUUAUAGCCAGGAUUGUUUAAAUUUAGUUAAAGUUAACUACCCACACUCUGCAGACUGUGGUAUUGCUGUGUAAAUGUCUCCGUGUUCAGCUAUGGUUUAUACCAGCUGGGGAUGUUGGGAUGUUUGUGGUUAACUUGUUUCUUCUGGGGGAUCUUAUAUUUUAUCUUGCCUUUUCAUGUGUCUUUCUGUAGACAUAUCUGAAGAGAUGGAUUAAGAAUGCUUUGGAUUAAAGGAUUGUGGAGCACAUGUCAAUCAUUUUAGGAUUGUCAAAAGGAGGAUUGAGGAGGAUCAGAUCAAUAAUGGAGGCAAUGGUAUGACUCCAAGUGCUAUUGUCACAGAUGAAAUUGGCAGUAUUGACCUUAUACCAUGGUUAAACAAGUAUAUACAUACACCUUAUCUUGUAACUUUACAGGCAUGUUUUAGUUAUUGUAGACUACAAUUGCUCUUUUCUUUAAAACCAUGUUGGCAAUUGUGGCUAAAUUACUUGCUUUUGUAUCUCUCUUCCAUUCUAGAUUUAAAAAAAAAAAAUCAGGGAGGGUGGGGUAUACUGGUUCAGUUUGUCAUGCUGCAUUCGAUUACAAAUGUUAAUAUUAUGUAGUGCUGAUACAUUUGUAGAUGCAGGGUAUCUUCAAACCAGAUAGAGUAUAAUAUCAAUACUGCUAAAAUCUGCAUGUCCUCUGUGUGACUGAUACAGCGUUGCUAUUACUUUUUAAGUAUCAGAAUGAAAACAAAAUAUAGAAAAUUUAGCUGGGAAUAAUUCCUUAAAUCUCAACCCUUCCCCUUCAGACUAAUUCACAGUUGACUCACUAAUAUGUUUGAAAACUUCAGUUAGUUAAUUUUGUUACCUUCCAGAUGGGAAUACUAGCUUUAGUUUAGACAUAUAGUAGGUGGAUAGCUUUAGUGAUAAACUUUUCCAAUAUCAUACAAAUUUUUUUUGCAACCACAAAACCUGUAAUACAUCUUACAAGCAGUGAAUAUAUUGGCCUUAUCAGUUGACAUGUAAAUAUUACAAUGUUUUCUCCAAAUAAUUAAUAUUCCUAAAAUUUAUCUGAGCAUCACCAUUCAAAAGUUUGUUUUGGGGAAUUGAUAGUUAUUAAUGUACAUCUCUUAUUAAUUGAUGGCAAACAUAACUAAUCAUUCCCCAGAAUCCUAUUUUUUCAUUACAGUAUCUAACUUUUUGCCUCCUCUUUUUUGGUUUUGCUGGUUAUAAAGGUUUGGAUUGGAGAGGGCUCACUGGAUCCCAAUCCUUGGAGCUGGAUCAUUGGAUUCAAAUCAUAAUGUGGAUAGGAUAGGGAGGCUGAAUUACAAGGAUUCAUGGAGCGGGAUCAGAUUACCAGGAACAUAGGAGUGGAUUCCUGCCCCAACCAAACCGCAUUCGUGUGGAUUUUUUUAUUCAACUCAAUUGGCUAUUCCAAAGAUUUUUUUUCCUAUUUUUGACGAUUGGAGCCCUUAAGAUGCACGAUGGAUUUUUUUUUUUCAUUUUUUUGGUAAAAGGAGCAAAGCGAGGACCUGGAGAGGUACGCUGGAGCAAUCUCCUUGGAAGGAUUCAGCACGAGUAGAUGGUAAACAUUAAAGGGGAAAAGGGGGGUUUGUUUAAAAAAAAAAUCAGUCAUUUCUCUAAAUUUAAAGAUAAAUUGGAGUUAAAGAUUAAGUAGGUUUUCAAUUGGCUUGCUGCCUUUUUUUCUUUGACAAAUAAAAUUUUAAAAAAAAUUG